UCUCUCUCUCUACCUUCCCUAUUUCAUCCUCAUCUCUUCAUCUCUCUCUCUCUCUCUCUAAAUCCACAAACCUCACUUCACUCCCUUCAAUGGCCGCCGUAACCGACCUGCCGGACGUAAUCCUCUCAAACAUAAUCGCGGCCGUUUCCGACACACGCAGCCGCAACUCCGCCGCCCUCGUCUGCCGGAAAUGGCUCCUCCUGGAACGCGCCACCCGCACCCACCUCACCCUCCGCGGCAACGUCCGCGACCUCUUCAUCCUCCCCACCUGUUUCCGAUCCGUCUCCCACCUCGACCUCUCUCUCCUCUCUCCCUGGGGCCACUCUCUCCUCUCCUCCGCCCCCGACCCCUCUCUCCUCGCCCAACUCCUCCGCCACGCCUUCCCCUCCGUCACCUCCCUCACUCUCUACUCUCGCACCCCCUCCACUCUCCUCCUCUUGGCCCCUCAGUGGCCCCAAUUGAAACACGUCAAGCUCGUUCGAUGGCACCAGAGGCCUCAAUUGCCUCCCGGUGCCGAUUUCGCUCCUCUCUUCGAACACUGUCGAUCCAUUUCCAAUCUCGAUUUGUCUUCCUUUUACUGCUGGACUGACGACAUAUCUCCGCCUCUCCAAUCUCAUCCCAAUCUGGCCUCAAACCUCACUCGUCUCGAUCUCCUCAACCCCUCCUUCGCCGAAGGAUUCAAGUCCGACGAGAUCAAAUCGAUCACCUCUGCUUGCCCUAGCUUGAGGCAGUUUCUUGUAGCGUGUAUGUUUGAUCAUAGGUACAUUGGGUUUGUUACCGAUGAGACUUUGCUGUCUAUCUCCUCUAAUUGCCCCAACCUUUCCGUACUUCAUCUUGUGGAUACUUCGGCUUUGUUGAGUUCUAGGGGUGAUCCGAACGAUGAAGGUUUCACUGCCGAGGACGCGGUGAUCGGGACUGCGGCUUUGAUCGAUAUGUUCUCUGGGUUGCCAUUGUUGGAAGAGCUCGUGCUAGAUGUUUGUAAAAAUGUCAGAGACAGUAGGCGAGCGUUAGAGGAGCUGAAUUUGAAGUGUACGAAGCUGAGAUCGCUCAAAUUAGGGCAAUUUCACGGGGUUUGCACGGCGAAUGAGUCGAGCCUUGAAUCUAGGCUCGAUGGCAUUGCUCUGUUUCAAGGGCUUGCGGCUUUGUCGAUUAAGAACUCUGCGGACUUGACUGAUUUGGGGUUGAUUGCUAUUGCUAGAGGGUGUUCGAGAUUGGCUAAAUUUGAGGUUCAGGGUUGCAGGAAAAUCACGGUGAGAGGAAUGAGGACGCUGGCUUGUUUGCUUCAUCGGAGUUUGGUCGAGGUCAAGAUCUCUUGCUGCAAGAACCUCGGCGCGGUGUCGUCGUUGAAAGCGUUGGAGCCAAUUCAGGACCGAAUUCAGCGGCUUCACAUCGAUUGUGUUUGGGACAGUGUCGAGCAAUUCGAGGCUCAGCAGGGCACCGAAUACAACUUCGAUCUCAACAAGUCAGAAGAAGAAGAGGAGGGUGGUGUGAUGAAGAACAAGAUGCAGCAAUCGGUGUUUAGUUUUGCAGACUUCUACUAUAGUACAGACUCUGAAGAUAUGAUCAAAACAAAAAAGAAAUGCAAGUACACUUACGACCUCAAUUGUUCUUAUGGGGAGGAAGAAGGGGGUGGAAGUGGCAUUGGCAAUGGUUUUUAUGGCAGGACAUGGGACAAACUUCAGUAUCUAUCGCUUUGGAUCAGUGUUGGUGAGCUUUUGACUCCAUUAGUUGACGCUGGUCUUGAAAAUUGCCCUAUUUUAGAAGAGAUUAAAAUCAAAGUUGAAGGGGAUUGCAGGGAAUGGUCAAAGCCAUCGUCGCGCGAAUUCGGAUUGAGCCACCUCGCUUGUUACCCGGAGCUUACUAAGUUGCAUUUGGAUUGUGGAGAUACAAUAGGUUAUGUGCAUACUGCGCCAUUGGGGCAGAUGGAUUUGAGUCUUUGGGAACGGUUUUAUCUGUUUGGGAUAGGGAAUUUGAGCCUGAGCGAGCUCGAUUACUGGCCGCCGCAAGACAGGGACGUUAACCAGAGGAGUCUAUCGCUUCCCGCUGCUGGAUUGCUUCAAGAAUGCGCAACACUGAGGAAGCUGUUUAUCCAUGGAACUGCACACGAGCAUUUCAUGAUGUUCCUUCUAAGGAUUCCGAAUCUGAGAGAUGUGCAGCUGAGAGAAGAUUAUUACCCGGCACCAGAGAAUGACAUGAGCACGGAGAUGAGAAUGGACUCGUGUCGUCGUUUUGAGGAUGCAUUGAAUGGGCGUCGUAUCCUUGACUGAAACAAGACUUAGCCCUUUCAUGUAGUAGUCGAAACCCUAAGAAAAUCACUGAAACUACUCUUGUGACAUGUAUGAGUUUUGUGAAAUUGAGAUUUUCUAAUUCUGUUGACA